AUGUAUCUGUGGAGGUUUCUCUCCCUUUACCUGCUUGGAAUCUAUAGCUGCCUUUGUUAUGAAGAGAAUGGAGAACAGCACUUCAUGCUACUGGCAGGACCCCUCACCACCCAGCUAGAGAAGGACGACAACCUGAAUGUCUUUGACUGCAGUCGUCCUCUUCCAGCGGACACCAGAGACUACUUCCACCUCCUCCGGAGCAGGGGGGCGACUCACUUUAAAGUGCCCCUGUCCUGGACUCACCUCCUGCCCUCAGGCCUCCCCAGUCAGCCUGAUGACGCUGUGGUGAGCUGCUACCGGACCCUGCUUGAACAGCUGGUAGACUCAGGCCUCCAGCCCCUGGUGGUUUUACAUCGCUCUGCUGUGCCAGAAGCCCUCCGGCCCAGCUAUGGGGGCUGGGAGAACCCCGCUCUUCCCAAGAUCUUUGAGCAGUUUGCUGAAUACACCUUCCUGGAGUUUGGAGGGCUUUCCCGCUGUUGGAUGACACUGAGCCACCUUGAUGAACUGGAAGAUGCAGGACUCCAAAAUGCGCUCUACGCCCAUGCCAAUAUCUAUCAUCUUUACCAUCGCAUGUUUCCUGGCAAAGAAGAUAUUUCACACAGCACGGAAUCAAUUGACAAGAUUACCUCAACUGUGUCCUCAAAUUACCAUGCAGUCUGGAAAAAGUUUCGUUCUGUUUCCUUAAAUGAGAGAGAUGAAUUCCUGAAUGAGUCGUUCCCUUCAGGCUUCCAGUGGGCUACUUCCAGUGAGUCCUUCAAGGUUGAGGGUGGCUGGUCUGAAGAUGGGAAGGCGGAGACAAUCUGGGACCGUUAUGGCCAUGAGAACAGAGUCUUUCAGAGUCAGACGGCUGACCUUGCCUGUGACAGUUACCACAAAGUGGAGUAUGAUGUGCACCUGCUCCGAGGUCUCCAAGUAAACACCUACCAGUUCUCCAUCUCCUGGGCCCGCAUUUUCCCCUCCGGCCACCAGGGGGGCCAUUCUGAGAAAGGAGCUCUGUACUACGACAAGCUGGUCAACGCUCUGAUUGAGUCUGGCAUUGAACCUGCUGUCACCUUGCACCACUGGGACCUUCCUCAAGCUCUCCAAGACUGUGGAGGAUGGACCAAUGCCUCCAUCAUAGAAGCCUUUAAAGACUACGUUGACUUUUGCUUCUCUAGGUUUGGAGACAGGGUUAAGACAUGGAACACCUUCAGCAGCCCCUGGGUGGUGAGUCAUGCUGGGUAUGGAAUGGGACAGCAUCCUCCUGGAAUGAAGGACUAUGUGGUCUCGUCAUACCAGGCUACUCACAACAUGCUGAAGUCACAUGCUGAAGCCUGGCAUGUUUACAAUGAUGUGUACCGAAUGCAGCAGGGAGGCAAAGUGGGCAUCGCCCUGAACUCUGACUGGGCUGAACCUCUCGACCCCUCCAAACAUGAAGAUCUCACAGCUGCUGAUCGUUACCUGCAGUUCAUGCUGGGCUGGUUCGCACAUCCCAUAUUUGUGAAUGGAGACUAUCCUGCAUCGCUCAAGGCCCAAAUCGAACAGAAAAGGCGUGACUGUUCCGAUUCUGAACCUGCCAGACUUCCUGUUUUCACUUCUGCAGAAAGCGAACGCAUUGCUGGGACGGCUGAUUUCCUGGGACUGAACCAUUACACGUCCAGACGAGUCAACAGCAGUGCUGGUGGCUGCUUCCCUGGACCACAAGCAGUGGGGGACUUCCAGGCCCAUAUUGACUCCUCCUGGUCAGCUACGGUGUCUGACUGGAUCCGCCCUGUACCAUGGGGUCUACGUAGACUACUUAGCUAUGUCUCGUCAGAGUAUCUAGGUGUCACCAAGGUUCCAGUCUAUAUAACAGGCAACGGAGUGCCUACAGGCAACACGCUCGAGGAUGUAGAUCGCAUAGAGUAUUUGAAGAGAUACAUCAAUGAGGCACUGAAAGCAAUCCGUUUAGAUGGAGUGGAUGUGCAACGGUUUACAGUGCAGUCUCUGAUGGAUGGUUUUGAGGGGCCUCCAGGCUACAGUGAGAGGUUCGGACUGCACUACGUCAACUUUGGGAAUCCUGACAGGCCCAGGACUUCGAAACAGUCUGCCUAUUUCUACUCAGAAAUCAUUAAGAGAAACGGUUUUGCCAGUACAAUAGGUUUUCCUCUUCCACUGAAAUCAAACAAAUUUACGACAACGACACAGCAAUCUAAUCGGCCUCCAUCUGAAGUACCAUCCACAUCUAAGGUUGUUUGGGAGAAAUUUUCCCGACAGUCCAUUUUAGAGAAGAAACUGUAUCAUUACGGUACUUUCCCAGAGGGGUUCAACUGGGGAGUGGCGUCCUCAGCAUACCAGAUCGAAGGAGGCUGGAACGCAGAUGGGAAGGGUCGUAGUGUUUGGGACAAUUUCACUCAGAAUUCUAGUAACAUUCCUGGGAAUGCUAAUGGUGAUGUGGCCUGUGACAGCUACAACCGUUUAGACGAGGACCUGCAAAUGCUCAGGGCUCUGGAGGUCAAGUCCUACAGAUUCUCUCUGUCCUGGUCCAGAAUCUUUCCUGACGGUCUCCGCACUUCCCUCAACCAGAAAGGAGUUGACUACUAUAACAAGCUCAUUGACGGUCUCCUUGCUUCUAACAUCACCCCCAUGGUAACACUCUACCACUGGGACCUUCCUCAAGUCCUGCAAACCUUUCACGGCUGGGAAGAUAUCCAGAUGAUCAACAUCUUCAAUGACUACUGUGACUUCUGCUUCUCCACCUUUGGGGACAGAGUGAAGUUUUGGAUGACCUUCAACCAGCCCUAUACUAUCGCAUGGUCAGGAUAUGGUCUUGGGCUGAUCCCACCAAAUGAAGUGAAUCCUGGGUAUGGUCCAUAUAAAGUUGCUCAUAACCUUCUGAAGGCACAUGCCACGGUCUACCACACCUACGAUGACAAGUACCGUCAGUCCCAAGGAGGCUUGGUGUCCAUUGCCCUCAAUGCUGACUGGGCUGAACCCAAAGACAUCAACGUUCCUCGGGAGAUAGCUGCUGCUGAUCGAGCCCUUCAGUUCCAGCUGGGAUGGUUUGCACAUCCUAUCUUCAGGAAUGGAGAUUAUCCCGAUGCAAUGAAGUGGCAGGUGGGGAAUAAGAGUGAGCUCCAGGGUCUGACAGAUUCAAGGCUUCCAACUUUCACUGAAGAAGAAAAGGCCUUUAUCAAGGGAACUGCUGAUGUCUUCUGCAUUAACGCUUACACAACAAAGAUAGUUCGUCAUGUGACCGCCAGGCUCUCUCCUGAAUCCUACGACUUUGACCAGGACUUGGGAGAGGAGGAGGACAGUGACGCCCCCACAACUGCUAUCAGUAAACAGAGGGCGGUAGCAUGGGGCUUACGAAGGCUCCUCAACUGGAUCAAGGAAGAGUAUGGAGAUCCGGAAAUUUACAUCACAGAGAAUGGAGUUGCUACCGAUAAAGCAACCACUGUGGAUGACAUUGACCGGGUGUUCUACUACAAAACCUACGUGGAUGAAGCUUUGAAAGCUCAUAACCUAGACGGUGUGAAGGUGAGAGGAUACACUGCAGCAUCUCUGAUGGAUUCCUUUGAGUGGCUCAAUGGCUACACCGUAGGCUUUGGGCUGUACCAUGUAGACUUCACCCAACUAAGCCGUCCCAGGACUCCUAAACGCUCAGCGCUCUACUACAGUCAGGUGAUCAGGGACAACGGCUUUCCCCUCACCGAGGAUGAGAAGCCGCUGUAUGGACACUUCAGAAAGGACUUCAUCUGGAGCACAGCUAGUGCCGCUUACCAGAUUGAAGGAAAUUGGAGAGCACAAGGCAAAGGCCUUAGUAUCUGGGACAAGUAUACCCACACUGAAAAUAAAAUAGGUAACAAUGACAAUGGAGACAUUGCUUGUAACAGCUAUAACAAGAUCGAUGAGGAUAUUGCAGUGCUAAAGAAGUUAAAAGUAUCCAGCUAUCGCUUGUCCGUCUCCUGGCCAAGGGUGCUGCCUGAUGGUACCAACCAACGCAUCAAUGAAGCUGGCCUUGACUACUACCGGAGAUUGCUCGAUGCGUUGCUCGCUAACAACAUUCAACCUCAGGUCACCCUCUACCACUGGGACCUCCCUCAAGCCCUGCAAGAUGUCGGAGGUUGGGAGAACGAGACCAUCGUUGACCGCUACAGAGACUACGCUGACGUUCUCUUCAGUCGCCUCGGAAACCGUGUCAAAUUCUGGAUCACUCUGAACGAGCCCUACAUCGUUGCCCUACUGGGCUAUGGAGAUGGCGCAUUUGCUCCAGGUAUCACCAAAAAACAAUAUGUUGCAGCCCACAACCUGAUCAAGGCUCAUGCUGAAGCCUGGCAUCUGUAUAAUGACACGUACCGUGCAGAACAAGGUGGAGUCAUCUCCAUCACCGUCAACUCUGACUGGGCAGAACCACGAAACCCCAACAAGCAAGAGGACAUCGAUGCAGCCACACGCUACCUGCAGUUCUUCCUUGGCUGGUAUGCCCACCCCAUAUUCAUUGGAGAUUACCCUGAACUUAUGAAGACCAUCGUUCAUGAGAGCAGCAUGGCUGCUGGUUUGCCUCAAUCACGGCUUCCUGAGUUUACACCAGCAGAGGUGUUGAGGAUCAAGGGCACCCAUGAUUACUUUGGGCUGAACCACUACACCAGUGUGCUGGUGUUCAACAUUGACACUGGGAACCAACAGGACUAUUAUGGAGACAGGAGCACUGGAGUAAUAUCGGACCGCACUUGGAUCGAGUCAGGGUCCAACUGGCUGAGGAUCAGUCCGUUUGGAUUCCGGAGACUCCUCAAAUUCAUCAAAGACCAGUACGGAAACCCACCAGUAUACGUCACGGAGAACGGAAUCUCAGAGAGAGGCCAAGUGAAUCUGAAUGACGUCCACAGGAUCUACUACUAUGAGAACUACAUCAAUCAAGCUCUGAAAGCCUACCAGAUUGACAGGGUGGACCUCAGAGGUUAUACUGCCUGGUCUCUGAUGGAUAAUUUUGAGUGGGCUGCUGGUUACGCUGAGAGAUUUGGACUGUUCUUUGUAAAUCGUUCGGAUCCAAACCUUCCGCGCGUAGCAAAGAACUCUGCUUCUCGCUACGCCACCAUCGCCACCUGCAACGGUUUCCCUGACCCUGCAGAGGGACCACACGAGUGUUUGAACCCUGAACCCCAAGGUAGGGUUUCACCCUCCACCUCUCCUCCCCCACUGGUUGAGAAGGUCCAGUUCCUUGGUUUGGACCUCUCGUCUGGCGAUGCUGAAGUAGGUCUCUAUGUCAGCUUUGGAUUCCUCAUAACGACCACCAUUGCUGUCAUCGCUAUGGUGAUGGGACUCCUGAAGACAAAUAAGAAGAUGAAACAGAUAUCAAUGGAAACCAUGAGAAUGGACAGAAUGUGA